AUGGAGGCGCAAAAUCAUCACUUGCAAGCUCCUGCACCUGGUCAAUAUAUCGAAGUCGAUGCAGAUUUAGCUCUUGGAGAAAAGACCAGAGCUAGAAAAAGUAUCUGCGAUGGAGCAACCUGUGGGUUUUCCGAUUUUAGUACCAGCUCCAUAGAUUCCAGAGAGCGGUCAUUAUCUAUGAGGAAGCUUGUGACGGCUGUGGUCCUGUGCGCAAUAUUCAUGAGCAUUGAGAUUGCUGGGGGAAUCACGGCUAAUAGCCUCGCUAUCCUGACUGACGCAGCGCACAUGCUUUCAGAUGUCGCAGCCUUCGCCAUAUCCUUCUUCUCCAUCUGGGCAGCCGGAUGGGAGGCUACCCCUCGUCAGAGCUAUGGCUUCUUCCGAAUAGAGAUACUCGGUGCGUUGGUUUCGAUCCAGCUCAUAUGGCUCUUGGCCGGGAUACUCGUUUUUGAGGCCAUCACUAGAAUGAUGCAUGACAGUGGCGAGGUUCAAGGCUACCUGAUGUUUGUUGUCUCAGCCUUGGGGUUAGUUGUCAACAUCAUCAUGGCCUCCUUUCUGGGUCACGAUCACGGGCAUGGUCAUUCUCAUGAUGGGCAUAACCACAGUCAUGACGACGGCGAUAAUCAUCGUCAUAGUUGCCAUGUCAAGCAUAACCAAGGUCACACCCAUGACGCAGAGAUUGGCCAUGGCCAUGGCCAUGAUCAUUUAAAAGGGUCCCAUCGGAAGGAUGAGAGGGAAGCCCUUCUGAGGCAUGUCGGGUGUGACUCCGUCACGAAAGGGAAGAAGAAGAGACACAGGAACAUCAACGUCCACAGUGCCUACCUUCAUGUUAUUGGCGACUCUAUCCAGAGCAUCGGAGUGAUGAUCAGCGGCGCAAUCAUCUGGUACAGGCCCGACUGGAAGGUCCUUGAUCUCAUCUGCACGCUCGUGUUCUCGGUGAUCGUUCUGACGACCACCGUAAAGAUGUUGAGGAGCAUACUCGACAUCCUCAUGGAGAGUACACCAAGGGAGAUCGAUGCGAAGAGGCUCGAGAUCGGGCUCUGCCAGCUUCACGGCGUGGUAGCAGUUCACGAGCUGCACAUAUGGGCGAUCACAGUCGGGAAGGUUCUCCUCGCGUGCCACGUGACGAUAUCUCCGGAUGCUGAUGCUGAUCUUGUGCUUGACAUGGUCGUCGAUUACAUCAGGAGGGAGUAUAAUAUCAUCCAUGUGACCAUACAAAUCGAGCGCUCUACAGUGUAG